AUGACACUCCCAUCGUCGUGUAGUGUGUUGGUAGCUGGCAGCGGCAAUGCCGGCUUCAGCGCCGCGGUGGCAGCCAAACAAGCUGGCGCUAAACAUGUUGUCCUCAUCGACAAAGCCCCCGAAGAAUGGGCUGGCGGCAAUACAUUCUUUACAGCUGGAGCUUAUCGUACUGCUCACGACGGUGCGAGUGACUUGCUACCAUUGGUCAACAAUGUGGACGCAGCCACCGCCAAAAAGAUAGAUUUCGAACCAUACACAACAAAGCAUUUUGCUGAUGAUAUGCAACGCAUAUGCAAAGGGCGGUCCGACCCUGUCUUGAGCAAGAUAUUGGUCGAAGAAUCAUUCCCGACAAUCCAAUGGCUGAAACAAAAUGGAAUCCGGUUCCAGCUUUCAUUCAAUCGACAGGCUUACGAGGUGGAUGGCCGUCUGAAAUUCUGGGGAGGAUUGGCGCUCAAAACAGAGGACGGCGGUAAAGGGUUGGUGGAAGACCACAAAGCGAAUGCGCGUCGCCACGGCGUCGAGACCUAUUAUUCCACUGCCCUGGAGCGCCUGGUGACUAACCCUGUGACGGGCGCUGUUGACGGCGCGGUGGUGCGAUACCAAGACAAGGCAGUGACUAUCAACGCCGGUGCCGUGAUUCUCGCCGCCGGUGGCUUCGAAGCCAAUUCUCGUAUGCGUACUCAGUACUUGGGACCUGGCUGGGAUCUCGCCAAAGUGCGUGGCACUCCUUACAAUUCGGGAGAUGCGCUGGAAACCGCCAUUCGAGAUGUCAAGGCAAAGCAGGUCGGAAACUGGUCUGGCUGUCACUCCGUCGCCUGGGAUGCCAAUGCCCCAGCCGAUACUGGUGACAGAGAGGCUUCAAAUGAAUUCACCAAAUCCGGAUAUCCGCUUGGUCUCAUGUUCAACAGCAACGGCGAACGCUUUGUUGAUGAAGGCAUCGACCUGCGCAAUUACACUUAUGCAAAAUUUGGACGUGCUAUUCUUGCGCAGCCGAACCAAAGUGCCUUUCAGAUCUGGGACCAGCGUACCAUUCCUCUGCUUCGGUCUGAGGAGUAUCGACCGGAGCGUGUACGCCAAAUUAUCGCCAAUACCAUUCCUGAACUGGCCGAUAAGCUAGCAGAACUGGGUCUUGAGAAUCGAGAGGCAUUCAUUGACAACCUCAACCGCUACAACGAGGCAGUCUAUGCUUCCCAAAAAGAGGAACCAUCCCGUAAAUGGGACCCUUCAAUUCGUGAUGGCGUCUCAACUCAGUCUAGUGAGAUAAAACUGCCAUUGGCCAAGAGCAACUGGGCGCUACCUUUGGAUAAGGGACCAUUUAUGGCUGUUCAUGUUACAUGCGGAGUCACAUUCACAUUUGGAGGACUCGCCGUCAACCCGGAGAAAGCACAAGUGAUUUCAUCGGUGACGGACAAGGAAGUUGAAAACCUGUUUGUUUGUGGUGAAAUGCUCGGUGGGCUCUUCUACGACAACUACCCCGGUGGCAGUGGUCUAACAUCUGGUGCUGUAUUUGGUAGGAGAGCUGGUACAGCAGCGGCGGCAGCAGCGGCUGAAAAUGCCAGGAAAAAAACUUUCGAUGGGCGAGCACGGCUUUGA